GUGGAUCUAGGAGGGGGAGCUAGGACAGCCUCUCAAAAAAGGGAGAGGGAGAGAAUGAGACCCACCCAUCCUAUUUCUGUUGACUGCUCACUUAUUCUAUACCCUUUAGAUUUCUUCAGAACUUCCAGGAGCCUGAAGCUCUCUCUACUCUGUUCCCGAGGUAUGAAAUUGCAUUUUUCUUUAAAAAUAUUCUAACGUAAUCCCCAGGUACACAGAGUGUUCUUUUAUUUUCUAUGAGUCACUUCGUGUAACUAAAUCAUUGCUAAAUAUACAGAUAUAUAUCAAAAUGGAAUCGAAGUAACAAGUAUACAUUGUAUGAGAGUAUUGCUACAGUUUACAGAGAUAAUUCAGAAUCUUGUUAUGAAUAUGAUCCAUGUACCUGUGAGGUUCAUUUUCUUUCAUUGAUAAUAUAUAGACAGACAUAUAGCUUUGGUAGGUAAUCAUAAAUAUUAAACUGCAGAGAUUCACUUUAUAUACCUGUAUGGCUCGAGGUACACUUUAUGUCUCUCUGGCUUGUGUGAUUUGUCACUUAGAAGUGCUGUUUGAUGAUAGAAUAGAAGUGUAAAAACAGCUGGAAAUACACUGCGGAUGUUGGAAUUUCAAUAAUCCAAUUUAGAAUAUAUUUACUGAAGUUUUCAAACUUCAGCAACACACCCACGCACACACACACACACAUAAUUAUAUAAAAACACACACAUACACUGUAUAGUAAGUAUUAUUUCAAACACAAGUUCUUUUAUAUAUUUUAGUAGAUUUCUAUAGAAUUUAAGGAUGCCAUUUAAACAGUAUAUAAUAAUAAUAAUAAUAAUAGUUAUUAUUAUUAUUAUAAAUGCAAUAGAAACCAAUGUUUGAAUAUUUAUCACCCAUUAAAAGUAUAAGAGAUCUUGGUUGGUAAUAAUUGAUAAUUGUCAGGUGAGUUAUGGGAGAUAAUUACAAGAGUUAUGGAAGAUGAAAGUAUAAUUACAAGAAUACCAUAAAACAGUAUGGACACAAAAUAUAAAUAUAACAAAAUGUGUCCCAGUGACACAACAUGUUCAAAUUACAUAAAUUUUGAACUCCAAUCUCCUAGCAUUUCCACUCCUCUCAAAUUAGCGUCCAGUCGGUUAAUAUAAUGGUCAAGACAAACAAUCUAAUGUAGGCUCAUGUGAUGGUUUACCAUACAUGCUUUGCAUCUGGUAGUUGAUACCUGAAUUGGCUUUCCAGCAGAAGUGGUAUGGCAAGCAGUAAUUAGGAACUAUAAAUGGUGAUGACUUUUAAAUAAGAAAUUAAUAUUACACUAGAAUAAAUACAAAGAAUACAUACACCAGCUUUAAGGCAAACAGGGAGCAGGCACAUUACAUGGCAGAUAGUUUACAUGUGCAUAAAAAGUACAUUCCUCAAAAUUAUAAUCAAAUAGUAGCUAUUUAUAAUCUGUUGUGGACCAUUAAUUCUCUGUGCAUAACAAUAGAUGAUGAUGAAUGAAUUACAAUGAUUAGCUUGGUAACAAGUAGGAUAAUUGAAUUGUUUAAUAGGACACAAAUGGCUGUGACAACAUCAAGAUGUUGCUUAUGACAUUAAUCUGUUUGCCUGUGCGUGGCAGAUCCCCCUAGCAAGGGAAAAGGGCUAGUGCAUCCAUUGUCUGCCACAUAAGCAAAAAGUGGGGGAUGGGUGGGAUUGAAGAAAAGAAAGAAGGGGGGUGAUAUUAUGUGGGACAGAAAAAAACUUUUCAAAGUUACUGUGAGCCUAACCCCGCCCAUGCCUGCCUACCCUCUCGCAUUACUCAGGCCAUGAGGAAUGCUUGUUGCUAUGGGAACGCAGGCAGGUCCUUUCCUACAGGGUGAUCAUCACAGCCUUUCAGCACCCAGACAGGGGAUGUUCUGAACAAAACUUCUGACAGCAGGGACUAUUGUAUUUUGAGAUGUUUAUUGUGCCCAAAUAACAACGGAGUAGCCAAGCAAUGCCCAGUGACCUUUUCUGUAAUACAUUAUUUGCAGACAUUUUGCAGAAAAAAAAUUAAUUAAAAAUAAGUACAUACAUUAGAUAGAAAGAUGAAUAGAGAGAUAGAUAGAUAUAUAGAUAGAUCGAUAGAUAGAUAAAUAAAUGGAUAGAUAGAUAGAUAGAUUGAUUCCCCAAAGACGCUCUUUGAAAUUACAAUAUUGCAUGGUGGUGAGUGCAUAUUCUACUCAAAAAUUGGCAGUGCACCGUAUCAAGUCACCACAACUGAGGGAGCUAUAUGGUUAGGGUAUUUGGGCAGAAUAUGCAAAUGCAGCCCCUAACCUCUCCCUUCCCAAUAUAAAGGUGGUAACAAAUAAUUUGCCUAGUAUAAUAAGACCUGUAAUAAGCAUAGGACUGUAAAGGACUGUAAUUUUUUUUUUUAAAUCGAUUUAGUUUCUUUUUUAAAUUAAAUAGAAUAGUUAACCUCUGCUUUUCCUUGGAAAUCAACGUACAUCAUCAGAAGCUCAAAAAAGUAUUCCUCUUUUCUGCACAAUGUAAAACUGGGGUGUGCUCAGCCUGUAUUCUAUGAUACUAUAGUUCCCCUGUCUCUAGUUAUAUUCAUAACCCUCCCCCCUCCCCGCUUUUCCAAUAAAAAUGAAUAAAAUGUAAGUUUUACUGCUCACGUCUGCACCUCCCUCAGUGAUUGCCAAUCUAAUACUACUUAUACAAGUGCAUUCAUAUGAUAUGCAUGCUUAGCGACUGCUGCACAUGUAUCCAAGCCUCCCCAUAGAAAAGCAUUGUAUGCAAUGCUUUCUUAUGAGCUUUUGUGUCACGUGAACGAGUUUUACUGUUUUAUAUUGCAAGAUUAAAAGGACAGAGCCACUGCACCAGCUACAAUUCAUUGAGAUGAAGAGGUGUGGGUGACUUUUGUGUCUUUUUUUAAAGCUGAUAUGACACCUGAAAAUGGUGCUUAAAAAACCAGUAGAUGAAAUAUAAGUAUAUAUAUUGUAAUGUAUAUUGAAUCCGUAAAUUAAUGUUUUUGAGAUCUGUUUAAACAUUCACUUAUACAUUUUCUGUUCCUUGUGUAGGGUAGGAAACAUUUUAAUACCAUUUACCUGGCAAGCUGAUUAGCGGUUUACUGUACAGUUAAAUCCUUGUGAAAUGCUUCCUAAAACUAGAACAUGCAUUUUUCCAAAAUAGCCAUUGCACAAGGAUUUCUAUACUAUGGUAGCUGACAUCUAUUAUUAAACAUCAUUGUUGACAUCUCUUAGAAUAGGUUAUAGUGCCUGUAGUCGCCUGACGCUGUCCCUCCAUUCAGGGUUAAACCAUUUUAGAGCAAUUUAGCACUAAAUAAGGGUCCCUGGACACUAACAGUCCAGCCCCUUCUGGAGGAGUGGCUAAGGCAGAGAAUACACACUUCCCUGUAGUCGUAGCAUUCAUAUCAUCAGUUGGAGCUCUGAUCGGCUAAAAGCAGUCAGUUGACAUUCUCAACCACAGCUGCCCAUGGCUGCUCAGGCUAAUACUUUCUCAUUAGCCAAAGCAGCACAGAUGGAAUGGGCUGCUGGGGAUUCUUGUUUAGCAUUAAAACAUAAAAACUUUAAAAACUGUUUAAUGCUGAAUGAAAUGAUGGUACCAGGGUGUGAAUCAGAUACAAUGCCUAAAGUGUCCCUUUAAGAUCUUGAGCAAUAUAUAGACAAUUUGCUCUUUCCUAUUGAUGGAUUUAUUUUUGUGGUUUCCAUAACACUUUUAACUUACCUCUAAAGCUGCUUUUCUGAGGCACAUAAAAACAGAAUCUGGUAAAUAUUAUUUGGACAUUCUAAUAUGUGCCUUGGGAAAGACAACCACAGUUGGUCCAUUUGUUAUCUAAUACAAUUACCAUAAUUUUCAGUGCUCAGCCGACUAAUGCUUGUCUGACCAUCUUGGGAGGUGUUGUUCAUAACAGCUGGGAUUACAGUGCCUCUCUGUUCUGGUUUGUGUCCAAAGAUGUUUUGCUGGUGAACGUUUAAUGGGCUAUAGGUCAAAUUAAAUUUCCUGCUUCUUGCCUACUUGCAUGAGAGGAAGAUGUAACAAAAACAAAUGGACCUCAUCUGCAUGAGUGUGGGGUAAGAAUAAAUCUAAAUGGAGGAUGGCAGACCAACAACACAAGGCAUCAUUUCACAUUUUUUAUUAUUACUAUUUGUGCUUCUAAUAAUCAGAAAAAAAUAGACAUUGGUUUAUUGGGUAAAUGUAAUAUAUACAUAUUUAAUGCAGGGAUAAUUUCCAUCUCGUUUUUAUAAAAUAUGUAAAUAGUUUCCUAUGCAAACCCUUUGUAAAUCUCAUCACACAAAAGGAGCACGUUUUACUUUAGGGUUACUAAAUUAAACACCCUAAUUUGUUCAAAAGUAAAUAAUUCUUAGAAAGAAUCUUUAAAGUUCGGUUAUACCCAAAAUAUAGAUCUAUUUGACUUUUUGUGGAUGCAUGUGUUUACACUAGAGUGGGUGUGCAAGCGCAUGUACAGAAAUGUAAGAUAAACAAGUAAAAAUAUUUUUCUGGGACACUACUCGCUAUUUAGCUAGACUGAUAGAGUUAGAGUACAGUUUCCGUGUCAGGCAUGACUCGGGGUCACUUUGUUUUAUUGACCUUCCUCUUACUUUCAUUUCAUUCAUUCAGCAUAGUGGUAAGGCUAUGCAUGUCUUGUUCGUGGGCAGCUACAUACCAAGUUUCCACCCAAAAGAAAUGUGAUAGCAGCUUACAACAACCAUGGCAAGCCAAGUAUAAUUAACGGACACUAUAGUGCCAGGAAAACAUACUUGUUUUCCUGGCACUAUAGUGCCCUGAGGGUGCCCCCACCGUCAGGGUCCCCCUCCCGCCGGGCUUUCUCCAGCGCCGGGCGGGGAGCUCUCCUCCUCCUCUCCGCCUCUUCUCCUCCUCUUCGGCUGAAUGCGCAUGCGCGGCAGGAGCCUCGCGCGCAUUCAGCCAGUCCAUAUGAAAGCAUUCUCAAUGCUUUCCUAUGGACGCUGGCGUCUUCUCACUGUGAAAAUCACAGUGAGAAGCGCGUAAGCACCUCUAGCGGCUGUCAAUGAGACAGCCACUAGAGGCUAGAUUAACCCUAAUAUAAACAUAGCAGUUUCUCUGCAAUGAGACAGCCACUAGAGGCUGGAUUAACCCUAAUAUAAACAUAGUAGUUUCUAUGAAACUGCUAUGUUUACAGAAAAAAGGGUUAACCCUAGCUGGACCAGGCACCCAGACCACCUCAUUAAGCUGAAGUGGUCUGGGUGCCUAUAGUGGUCCUUUAAAUUGUUUGUGAUAUUGCUUGAAAUGCAUAUAACAAGUCAAUUUAAAUGUUAAAGCUAAAUGUCUUAUAUAUGUAUAUAAAGAGUGGUAGCUUGGAAGACAGUAUAUUUUUAUAUUGUUAUUAUAUAUUACUUAGGUAAGCAUAUCCCUCUAUAGGUGGGCACCGAAUAUGAGCAAACCUGCCUCACCCAUGAAUCUGGGUAUUCCAGGAUGCAAUAAGGGCAAAGUUAAUUCAUCUACCAUUGGAAAAAGACAUUUCCACAAAUUAUUUGUUAAGCCGAUAAAGGCUGUGCCAUGUAGAAGCCCUAUAAUGAACACUCCAUCUGAGAAGGAUUUUAAGAACGAGUUAAUCAUUUCAUAUGCUUCUUCUUCCAUGAUGAAGCAAGGUAAUGUGUGUUUCUUUAUCCAAGGAGUGUGCAAAGCUAAGUAUUUCCAGACAUCUGCUACCAUCAGGAAUAAGUCUCUUUUCAUGAGCAUAAGUUUACUCUACUGAAAUAAACUUGUUUUUUCCUCUUGCACUGAGAUCAUGAAGAGCUAAAGUUUGUUUGCUGCAGGACACGGUUCCUCUUCACAACCCUCCAACCAAAACACACAUAAGGUUCAAGUACUUUUGCUCAUGUACAGGGAUUUUAAUCAUUCAAUAAAAUUCUGGGGGCAGUCAGACCGUAGUGAGUUAGUGGCAGGGAGAGGUCCAUCAUAUCUUACGGAGAGAGAAAUUUGUGCCUCUCCGUCCCAGAUGAUAGUUCCAUGAUAAGAUUUAGGUCACACUUUACCUAGAAAUUAUUGGUGAUGCAGUGAGUUUAGUAACAAAUACAAUCCCUGGAUAAAUCUAGAGUUUCUGAACAAGAAAGGUUCUAAAGCCAAAAUAGACAUUGGUGGAACUAGGCUGACUUUCCUGUCUGAGCCAUAGAAUGAAGAGAAUGUCUGCUUAUGUCUUAUUAUUAUUUAAACUCAUUUUUCAGCAAGUUCAUUUCUGCUAACACAUUAUGAUGAGAUUUAGUCAUUUGGAGCUUUGCAAUACUUUCAUAAAUAGAAAACAUUCUGCAUUCCCUGGAAAUAAAUGAAUAUCAGACUUAAAAGAGGAACUGAAGGGUUUGGUCUGAAAAGGGAGCUUUAUCAGUUCUGUAGCCAUACUACCAUAACCAAUUAUUUAGUUAGAUUAUAGUAAUAGUUACAGUAUCCCUUCACUCACAGAACGUCUAGUCAAAUGUUACAUAGUUACAUAGCUGAAAAGAGACUUGCGUCCAUCAAGUUCAGCCUUCCUCACAAAUGUUGUUGCUGUUGAUCCAAAAGAAGGCAAAAAACCUGGCCUGAAGCACUUCCAAUUUUGCCACAAACUAGGAAAAAAUUCCUUCUUGACCCCAAAAUAGCAGUCAGAUGUCUCCUUUGAUCAAGCAGCUAUUACCCCACUAAUUAGAAAUUAUAUCCCUGUGUGUUAUGUUUUUGUAAGUAUUUGUUAUUUAUUGAAAGUGUUUCAAAAUAUUAAUAUACAAACAUUUUAAAUGAAAAGGGGGAAAACAGAAAACAAAUAGGGGAAUAACAGCACAACCAUUAGCAUGUUCAUAAUGAAACAGUACCAUUCUUACAUGCAAUAAACAAUCUCACACAUAACAUAGCAAUAUUAAUCAUUAUAUAUGAAAACAUUAACGGUAUAUACAACACAAGCAAUUAAACAUUUAUUUUUAAAAAAAUAGCAUUGGUCAAUUAUAUGGUCUUAAUUAAGUGAAUAUGCCUUUUAAAUGUUGUCUUCCCAUACGUUCCAGUAAUAUUUUAAUUGGUGAAUUAAAGGAGAUGUUUGUCUAAGGGUCAUUUCAUAACGUUUGUUGUCUAAUAACAAAUACAAUACUUGGUAUAGUAUGUAAGGUUCCAUAAUAGAUUCUGAAGGAAAGGGUGCAGGCUUUGGGUGUUGGGGAGACCCCUUUUUAUGUCAAACAACUACAAAAUGCUAAGACAAAAAACCAACAAAAAAAACCCCAAAAGAUGGCACUUAUAGACUCUUUCCACAAUAGCUACUACACUGAGCUGUAGUGGUUAUGGUGCUUAGUCUGCCCCUUUAAGGAAUACAUGGUAAUACUAUGAACUAUAUUAUGUUAUAAAUGUAACAAAUCUCUCUUUAAUGAAAUAAACAUUAUUCACAUAUAAGUCGAUUGGGAGAACUGCUACCCCAUAACAGGAAUUAAAUUAAUUUUAGUAUUAGAAUCCGGCCCCUCAUUUAUUUAUUCUCCACAAUUUCCUGUUAAAUGAUUAAACCCCUUGGUUAGCAAAUAUAGUUUAGCGCUCUGAUCUAAUGUGAUUGGAUAAUCUUGGUUAUUUCCUUGUUCUUACCGCAACCUAUGUAUUUACUGCCAAAUUGCAUCCAAACUAAACAGAAACCCUCAGCAUCAAUGGAGAAUGGAUGAAAUGGGAAAGAGUACACACAGCUGCCAGAACUAGCAGUAUUUUUCCACCUAGAUACUCUUCAAAGUAGAAUGUUCUUUGAGUGACCUCAACGCAGACGUUGUCCACAGACACAAGGCUUGCCAUGAGCAAAUAAAAUGAAGGAAGCUGGCAGUACACACUCUUUGACAGGGUGUUUAGGCAGUAGAGUUAACUGGCACAGAUUUCUUUGGGAAACACAAUCACUUAUACAGAUAUAGCCUUUGCUUUUAAUUCCAGUUUUAACCAAUGGAUCCUUGAUGCAUUAUUACAAUACAACAGCAAUAUUUUUUCUGCUGCAUAUCUAUGUGAGUCCUCGAAUUUGGUUUAUGAGCACAUGAAGCAGUUAUGCCAUUUAGUGAAUACCAAACUUUCUUGCAGUUUCUAUGAUCCCUAUGAAACGUUUGCGCUCUGGUUGGAACUCUUUAUUAACUGGAAUCACAGCAAAGUUAUGCUAGUUAAUGAAUAUCAGUUCUGGUAUAACUUUGCUGCUAAAAAUAAACACACCAGAAAAAAAAAAAGUUUUAAUAGAUUGAGCUGCAUGUUCUUUCUAAAGAUGUACAAGGUAUCAUUAUUUGGAUUCAUUUUUUAACUAUAACUUUUUGAACAAUCAGUGGAAUAUCAAAACAGAUUAAUUUGUGUCUCUAUCGAUGCAGGGCUAAAGGAACACUCUUAUGUUAGGAAUACAAACUUGAUCUAGGGGCGAUUUGGAUUAAACAAUCUUUAGUCCAUUGCUGCGCCGGUCUUGUGGCAGAUGCUGCUUAUCCCCUGAAUAAGAUCAUCAUCACAGAUGAUCUUUGCCAAUCGAAUGCUUCUCCAUAAGGAGGCAUUGGUAGGUAUAGUGCACAUGCACACAAUGCAGACUAUGACAACACUGAACGUCGGCCCUGCAAAGAUUGCAGGACCACACAAAUAAGGACCGCUGGUGGCUGGCUCACUAGAGGUGAUCUUAUGGAGAGCUUAAGGGGACAGAUCUUUGCACCCUUAUUACAUGAAAUGGACAUUAUAAGCACCAACAAAGGUUCAGCUUAAUGGCAUGGUUUUGAUGCAUAGAUCACGCUCCUGCACUUGAAAAAAAGGGAGUUUUAAUUUCAAAUAUUAACUCACUUUAUCAUCUGUACUGUAAAUUUACCUUUAACCACACAAAGGAGACUCCUGCAGGGUCGAGUGACAAUUGACAGAGCAAAGGAUGAUAUAUUCUAAAUUAAACAGAAUAUGCAAUAAAGCAAGUUUAAACAUUAGAUCUCUCCUUACAGGAAGUGUUUAGGAAGGCUUUGCAAGUCACAUACAAGGAGGUGUUACUGAAGUUGUAUAAACACAGUGAUUUAACUCCUAGACUGUAGGGGCAUGAUUUAUACACCAAAACGGCUUCCUUAAGCCAACGUUGUUUUCGUCCCUUUAGUAUCCCUUUAAACCGUAGUGGUUCUAGUGCUUAGAGUGUCUCUUUAAAUUUAUACUGUUCUAGAGCGAAUCUAUUCUGGUUAUGGAGUUUUAUUUAUACUUCUCCCUUGGCCUUCAUUUACAUUGGUUUAAAUCAGGCUUCCCCAAACUCUGGCCCUCCAGAUGUUGCUGAACUACAACUCCUAUGAUUCUCAGCCUAUCUAUUUCAUUCAUAGAAUCAUGGGAGUUGUAGAUCAGCAACAUCUGGAGGGCCAGAGAUUGGGGAAACCUGGUUUAAAUGUUCAUCACAUUUCAAAUUUCAAAGAAAAACACGGUGGCUUUCUGUCAUACUAAUUACUAAUAAUAAUUUAAUUAAGCAAAAAUAAAAACGAGGCUUCCUUUGACUGUACGUUAUACAUCAUUUGUUUCAAAAUAUCAGUUUGUGCAGAGACCAGGUAUCGUCUGAGAUUUUUAUCCUAUCAUAUUUAUGGCUAAAGUGUUCAAGUUUAUAUAGCUUAGUUGUGCAUUUUCAUUAAUAAAGAAAAUACGAAACUACUUGGCAAAUAAAGAGCAGCCAGGAUUAUGUUAUAAUAACAUGCACAUAUUUGUGUUUCUUUGUGGCAUUUCUUUUUUUUGUGUUAGGAUUAAUUUUUUCUACCAAUUUACCCACAGGUCCAACACCAGAAUGAAAGUCUGGGUUUUCUUUGUCCUGUGCCUGGCUGGCAAAGCACUAGCUGCACCUGUGAGUACACCUUCUGUUUUUAUAUGAAGAGGUUGUAAGUGUUACUACAAUGUUUCAUAACAUGGAUUUAUUCUUUCAAACAGCAGCAGGAUGCUCUGCCAGAAGAGGAAGAGGUGAUAGAAGAUGUUGUGACCGAAGUAAGACUAUAUAGAUACUCUUCUUGUCUCUGAUAUUUUUAAAAAGAAUUGUGGAACACUUAUGCCCUUUAUAUUUGCAGGAAUCUGUAGGAGCCAACCCUGUACAGGUUGAGGUUGGGGAGUUUGAUGAAGCAAUUGAGGAAGAGGAAUACGUCCCCGAAAGUAUGUAUAACAAAAUCCCAACUACUCAAAAUGGUGUAACCUUUAUUAAAUACGUGCACAGAUAAAAACAUGGUGUUACAGAUUAAAAUAAAAAAGGCAGCAAUAGCUGAUUAUAAAAUAAAUCUUUUAAUAAGCAGAACCAAAAUAUAUACCCACUGGCCCUUUUUUUUGUUUCCUUUUCUACUCCUCUGAAAUAAAGGCCUCUUCUGUUGCUUUGGCUUUUUUACUAUUUCUUUAUAUAUUGACUUUCAUUAUCUAUUUUCUAUUUUUCUCUAUUAAAACCUUUAAAAAAAUAGAUCCAAAUAUUUAUGUAUAUGGCACUAUUAUAGUGACUUAUUUUUCAGGAAUAAGUAAAAUUAGUUUAGUGUCCCAGUUUUGUAAUAUAAUAUAUACUAAAACAAAUUAUGGGAAACAAUUUAAUAAAAUUUUGUCAAAGUGUGCUACAGUUAAUCAUUUAUUGUGGAAAGUUGCCAGUGGCCUGAAUACUAGGAGAAAAGUGAAUUCAAAGCAAAUUACAAAUUUAAUGCCAAUGUAACCAAACUAAAGAAAAUUCUUCCAUUUCGGCUAAUUUGACCUUAACUUUGAAAUUCACUUUGAAUUCUCACAAUAAACCAUGUAAAAUAGCAGGUGGACCCUGGAGUUAAUAACCACUGAUGCACAGUAUGUACAAUCCAAGGAACAUGCCUGUUAAACCUUUUUGGUUAAAGCAAGCCAUGCAUUUUAUAAUAAGCAGACCCUUAGGGAAAUGUAUAGCCUAUUUAUAAAAAUAUAUUGCCCUCUACUUAUUAUUAUGUAAGUUAGAGUAAUCUGUGAUUUAGAUGUCAAAAUGAGAUCUAACUGGCAAACUCUGAUGGUGACCGUAAGUGCUUCUUAUAUAGGAUACGGACAAGACUGAACAAAGUUUAAAUUAUACCAAGACAAGUUACCAAUAGGUCAUGCUUUUUAUGAUAGUCCUAAAACAUUAACUUCUGGGAAGCUGCCUGAUUAGCCUUCUAGAUUUCAACCAGUACGUUUUAUAUUUUAUAGAUCCAUGCCUAAACCAUCAUUGCAAGCACGGCAAGGUGUGUGAAGUGGAUGAGAGCAACACCCCAUUGUGUGUUUGUCAGGACCCCUCAACUUGCCCAGCCAGUGUUGGAGAGUUUGAGAAGGUAGGCCCAUAUAUUCAUGGCGAUGCAAGCAUGUGGAAUGAAGGAAUUUCUUUUAAAGCUGCAUAUCAUUUGAUACAUGUACCAGUCAACAGCAACAGACUACCUGAGCAUGUACAUUUCAAGGAACAAGCUAUAUAGUUUUAUUUGGUUGUUGUGGUAUUUACUAUAUUUAAAUGGUUCUCUUUCAGAACUGUGAUUAAAACAAGUGUCAAUAAUAGUUUAAUAUAUCUGUAUGUUUAUGUCCAUGUCACAGAGUUAGAGGGAAAUAUAGUAUGGAGCAGCUGUGGAACCAGUGGUUGCCUGUUCAUUAUGAAACGUUUUAGAUGAGGGACAGGCUAUUCCUAUUAAAACACAUGUAGUAUACAGUUGUACAAGUAAUUCCACAGUUAUUCGAUUAUUAAUUUUUAUAAUACCUUCAUGUUUCUUUACCUAUUAUCAUAUCUAGGUCUGUGGCACUGACAACAAGACUUAUGACUCUUCCUGCCACUUCUUUGCCACCAAAUGUACCCUAGAGGGAACCAAGAAGGGUCACAAGCUGCACCUGGAUUACAUUGGACCAUGCAAAUGUGAGUAACAUGAGUAAUACCAUACCUCCAAACAGCCCUGGUCCUGCCUGAACAGUACUGGUUUUGGACUCCUGUUAUGCCUUACUGGGUUUCUGCCAUUGCCAGAGAUAUUCAACAGAGCUGGCAAGUCUUGUGUAUAAUCCCAGUGCACAAGGUAACACCCUUUUUGGGGUGCACCUCCUUUUUCUGGUCACCUGUACAAUUCAAGUAAAACGCCCCCCUAGUUUGUCAUGUACUUCUCCUAAACUUCUCCUAUUGAUAUUAAUUCCUCUAAAUUGUAUGAUAUAUUAAUAGAAAGGGAAUAAAAAGGGAAUGUACAUAAUUAGAGAGAAAUACAAAACAUGUCUAAACCUACAAAACAUACUAAUGAUGUUGGUCUGUCUGUGGAUUUAUAUAGUGCAUAGACAUAGAAAGUCCUGUUUCUCUGUAUACUCUUAUUGCCAUUUCAGGGAAUUCUUACUUCUACUACUACUACUGUUCUGCAUCAGGCAGAGUCCUUGCUUUAUAUCGUACAGGCAAAUAUAAUCAUAGAACUAAAUUUAUCUGCUAACACAUAGGAGCAAAGAUUAUUCAGUGCCUUAUAAGAAAUGAAAAAUAUACUGUGUGCAGUGCAAUAGUACACUAGUCCUUGGAAGGUGCGAACAACCCAAUCUCAUUAUAAUUGCACCAACUAUGUGACAGCCCCCUUGCUGUGCUGUUCACCUUUUAAACCUAGUUGGUUGUGUUAGUUGCUGGGAUGAGAUAGUAUGCAGACACUUUAAGGGAGAUUUGAUCUACAAUUUCAGAUGAGUGUAUACCUGAUGAUAGUAAGCUAGAACAAAUCAAACCAGCACUGGGAAUGACUUGUACAAAUCUCAGAAAAAGUAUGGACUAUAAAUUAAAGUAGUAGUUAAUAAUGACACAAAAAUAAAAAGUACAAGCUAAAACAAAUUAUCUUCAGCAUGCACAGACAUACUUGGAUUUUCCACUGUCAUCAUUUUAUUAUGCCCCAGGGGUUAUCGUGCUUCUCUGACUGGUUUAAGCAUGUGGAAUUCCCAUGGGGAAUAUGUAUUUUCCAGCUGCAUUAAGUGAGCUGUCGCAUUCUUGCUGGCUCAUCUCUUUCAUUCAACAAAACCAAAGCUUGGAGAGGCCAACCUUGGGGCCUAAUUCCUUAGGUACACAGAUAUGUCCUGGCCUACACUUUUGUCUUGAAAGAGCUUUGUUCAGGUCCUGUAGGUAUAAUGAUGCCUGAACAGUAAUUUGUGGAUAAUUUGACUAUCUUUGGGUUCUCUGAGAGCAUCAGUGGGUGGAAGAAUAGAAUAUUUUUUUUUUUACAAUGAGCUCUCUGUAACAGCCAAGUAUGCUAGAACAAACAUUUGUUCUGGAAGUCAGUCCUUAGGAGUCUUACGUUUCCUAAGUUAAAUGUAAAUAUCUACCUCCCUAUUCACAUUCAGCCUCCUAAUAUCCUUGUGGCACCAGAAUACACAAUGCAUUAUUGCUCCAUCUAUCUCCUCAUAUCUUAAAACCUUCAAAUAUCACAAUCCUCAACAAUACAGCAGAGCUUAAAACAGUUAGUGAAAAAAAAAACUAUUUACAUAUGACAUUCUUGCAAAUGUGUAAACAUGGAGAAGGUAUAUGGACCCAUCAAGAUACUAUAUAUAUACUACUCAAGUGUUUUGAACAAGGCAGCUGAAAUAUCAUCAAAAUUUGAUACUCUGGGUCAUUGGUACCAAAACAAUUUCACAUUGACCUUGUUUUAUGUAGAAUCAAUUUGUUUUAUCAGUAUGUAAAUUGACGUAGAAUUGACGUAGAAUUUAGAAAUUGCUAAAUCGUGGUAAGAAUAUUGAUUUGAGGUUCACUGCUUUAGGAAACAGCUGAGUGACCCUAUUUGGAGAGCCUAUUUAAUGUAGUCAACUAUUAGUGUCAGCAUUUCAUAUAUCUGGUUGCAACAAGUGAUGAAUAUAGUAGAGGGCAGAGUAGUAGCAACAUGAAUUUGUCUUUUUUUUAAAAGCUAUAACAGACACCCUGUUAUCUUUGAUUUGCCCUACUGAACACUUUUAACAUAGUUUAAUGUUAACCACAUUGUAAGGAUUUAUUUUAUUUGCCACUUAAAAUAUAUUUAGCAGGCAUGUAGGAGGGAAAUGGGCAUCAGUCUAAAUUGGACUUGACCAAAGAUCUUUAAAUGCAUUGUGUUAUACACUCUAUACUAAGUCAACAAAUCCUCUCUUUGUAGAGACUUUCUUGCCAUAUUUAGCCUUACUACAAUCUUUACCCCUGUUCACACACAGUAUUUUAACUCUAAUAUCAGGGUUUGUCAAUCCUGAGCCGAAUUUUACAUUAUAUUCACUAUAAUUUAAUGAAGCACGAUCUUUGUUGUUGGACUUUUUGGGAUAUGCUUAACUAGUGGCAAAGUAGGUUUAAUAUGAGGAAUGAUAUUAGAAUAAGUUCAAGAUAAAAAAAUAAUCAUUCUGUUCCCUUUUGCGUACUUGCAGACAUCGCGCCCUGCGUCGACUCUGAGUUGAGUGAAUUCCCCCUGCGUAUGCGUGACUGGCUAAAGAAUGUUUUGGUCGGUUUGUAUGAACGCGAUGACAACAACAACCUGCUGAAUGAGAAGCAGAAAAUGAGGGUAAGUAGUCCAUUGUGGAGGAAGAAUGUCAUUGUAAUAGGAACUUAUUAUUCCUCCCACUACACAUCUAUUUUAUUAUCUACCACAGGUGAAGAAGAUUCAUGAAAACGAGAAGCGUUUGGAAGCCGGAGAUCACACUGUGGAACUGCUGGCUCGUGACUUUGAAAAGAACUACAAUAUGUACAUCUUCCCUGUACACUGGCAGUUUGGACAGCUGGACCAGCAUCCCAUUGAUGGGUAGGUAAUAUAGUCAGACAUACAAUGUGGGAAACACCAUGCGCAACUAUAUAAACAAAGAUGUUGGGGAGCAUGAGCUGUGUUAUAAGCAAAAGAGGUAAUAGACGGGCAAAAUGGCAGAUCUAAAAAUCAAUGCAGGUUAUUUGUGUAGCAACCCAGUUACAGGAAAUAAACACAAUCACUUGCCGUUUGGAUGCAGUACAAAUAAUUUACUUUCACAUACAAGUGUUAUCUUAGGAUGUAUUUCACCAAGCAAGCACCUAUGAAUACUCACUGUGAUUUGUUUCAUACCAGUAAUAAAAGCCAAACACUAAGGACAAACAUGUUUUAUCCAGUUUAUAAUAAAGGAGAUAAAGAUGCGAAAAUAGGAAUAAAACUAAAAAAGACCCUACUGGAAGCAAGCGAAAGAAACACCAUGAUGUGGAAAGGAGUGACAUAAUGAGAAAUGAGGGAUUGCCUUUAGCACAGUUGACACAGCACAACUGUACAAAUAUAUCAAUUUAUCUUUUACUACAAUACAAUUAAUUAUAUAGCACCAUCAUAUUGUGCAAUGAUGCAUCUAUCAAUCUAUCUACCUGUCUAUCUACCUACCUACCUACCUACCUACCUAUCUACCUGCCUACCUACCUACCUAUCUACCUAUCUACCUACCUAUCUAUCUAUCUAUCUAUCUAUCUAUCGGUCUAUCAAUCUAUGUUUAGUAGAAGAAGAGAAAAUGAUUGUAUAUACAUGGUACAGAAAUCCACAGGCAGUGGAUAUUAGCCCUAGAGAGCAGCAGACAUAAAGGUUGGAAGUGUUAAAUCCAGAUCCCAAUAAAGGUUUAUUAAAUUAUUUAGUCUUCUUAUUUUGUGAAUACCGUAAAGGAGAGUUUAUGUGGAAAAUAAGAAACAUAUUAUCAAUGUAUAAACAUAUGUAUAAACAUUUUUCUUUGUAAUAAAAUUUAAUAGGAUUUUUUAGGUAAUUUUGUUAAUUGUGUAUGUGAAUGACAUUUGUGGCAUUAUAAGGGUUGAGUGUUCUGACAGUAUGUGAUCUGAACAAUAACAUUAAACACACAAACAGAGAUUAAUGUACAUUUUACAACAUGUUUAAACUAGUAGGAACAUUAAACACGGGUCAAAAAAAUUAAACCAGGAAGAGGUCAAAUAAAAAUGGAACAAUGCAGAAAUGGGGAAUAGGAAAGCGAGGGAAGAUGAAUUCCUCAAAACCUAUAACAGUUAACUCAUCCAUGAGACAAAUGUCCCUGAUUUGGUAAAUCGCUACCACCCAGGGUGUGAUGUUGUUUCAGGUGUUAACAUGCAAUAAAGCCUUUUGUACAUUUCUCUCCAAGUGUGUACUUCUGUUUGUGUUCCAACUGGGGCCUGGAUUUUCUAUAUUGUAACCAUACAACAUUGUCCACAGUUAGGCAAACUGAUAGCGUGUCAAUAACAGUUAAAUCUAGAAUUCUAAUUGUCUCUAUAUAUAAUACAUUUUGCAGAAAGUGCAGAGGAGAAAAGAGGCACCAAAGUCACAGUUUUUACAAGCAAACCAACAACACUGGGCAUUGUUUCAGAAAAAAAAAACUAUUUGAGGAAACACAGUUAUUGUCAGUCCUCUUUUAUCAUUACUAGUGAUGUCCCGAACGGUCCGCCGCGGAUGGCGAACAUAUGCGCUGUUCGGUCCGCCCCCAUGUCAUCAUUGAGUAAACUUUGACCCUGUACCUCACAGUCAGCAGACACAUUCCAGCCAAUCAGCAGCAGACCCUCCCUCCCAGACCCUCCCACCUCCUGGACAGCAUCCAUUUUACAUUCAUUGUGAAGCUGCAUUCUUAGUGAGGGUCUGGGAGGGAGGGUCUGCUGCUGAUUGGCUGGAAUGUGUCUGCUGACUGUGAGGUACAGGGUCAAAGUUUACUCAAUGAUGACAUGGGGCGGACCGAACAGCGCAUAUGUUCGCCAUCAGUGGCGAACCGUUCGGCGAACCGUUCGGGACAUCACUAAUCAUUACCACUCUUUGCUUAUAAUGUUCUUUCCUUAAUACAGUAGGUUCCAAAGUUCACUUUUAUUUCUCUCAUAAUAAUAGAUAUCUAUGAGAACAAGCAGACCAAUUUGCUAGUCCAUGUCCAUAAAUACACAAUGCUUGUAAGUCUGUAAAGCACAUAAUUGUGCAUUCCUUGCCAUUACUCAAUACAUUAACAUUUACAUAGGUAUGAGUGUAGUAUCCAGUUUGUUACAUUUCCCAGUUUUUAGUAACGGCCACAUACUGACCUUUUGCUUCUGAUUUCUCAUUUAAAGGUACAUUUCCCACACUGAGCUGUCCCCUCUCCGUGCGCCUCUGAUCCCCAUGGAGCACUGCACCACUCGCUUCUUUGAAGAGUGUGAUAUCGACAAUGAUAAAUACAUUGCAUUGGAUGAAUGGGCCAAGUGCUUCGGCAUCAAGGACCGUAAGUAUAAAGAACUAUCAACUUACCAUCUAAACAGCUGUAAAAUACAAAGUUGAUGUCUUUUUUGCAAAUUGUGUAUUUUUUUAUUUAUCCAUCAUGCUGGAUAUGGCAAAAUAGAUACAUAGAUAAAAGGUUAGUUUUCUGAAACACAAAAAAGUAACUGCUUAAAGGAAUGCCACAGUGUUAUGGAUACAAACAAGAAAUCCUAGUAUUCGAGUCCCUAUUUAGAUUAAGCCCCUCUCCCCACACCUGCAAAAAUAUGUAUAAUUUUUCCAGCGCCGAGACUUACUCAGUACUCCUGCCUGUUCCUUCUCCCAAUACUUCAUCUGGCAGGAAUGGCUAAAAUGCCUUCAUUGCCUUCUCAUCCAAUCCAUAGGAGACAAAAAUCACAUAUGGGGCAAGUGCAGCGCUCGUCCAAUCAAAUACUUCUCAAAGGCAAGCAUUUCAUCUAUUGCUUCCCUUUGAGCAGCAUUUGAUGAUGUUCAACACCCUCAUGGAAGUCAAACGCCAGAUGGCCGAGUCAAAGUUGGUUGUUCCAGUGGAAGCCCCUCUAGUGGCUGUGAGGAAGAUAGCAAAUAAAGGUGGGCUUGACCUGCAAUGAAAACAUUGCCACUUUUGCAAAACAGCAAUGUUUUUCAUUGCAUAGCUGUAAUAAAUGAAUAUAAAUAUUCUUCAAUGGCUAAAAUGACAGGGGCACUGUACCAAGACCACAGUACUGAGAUGGAUGCCUUUAUUUUCCCUUUAAUAUGAAGUAGUUAAACCACUCCUCAGAAGAUCAUGGGUUUCAUAAAGACUUGUUGUAUACUAAAGUAAGACUUGUUGGGAAUACAAAUUUGCGGGCCUAAAAUAACUGAAUUGGAAAAAGGUCAUCCAGGUCAGCAAUUUCAGCUAAUUUAGUCUAAAAUUUCAUACUGACUUUUAAUUUCCAACAAUUCUCUUUAGUUAAUAGCUCUGUGAUUGCUUUUAGUUCCCUAAGUUAAAAAUAUUACAAGACUAAAUUUACUAACUGUUGAAAAAAUGAUGUAUGUUUUCAAAUUACUACGUAUAUUUAACUCAUCAGUAAAUCUCAAGGGAGAGGAUGCAGGCUAAUCCAACUUUAAUUGCACAGGAAAAAUGCAUCAUGUAAUUGUAAUGUGAUAUGUAUAUUUAUAUAGUUAUACUCAUUAAACGCACAUAUUUUGGUGUACAGAUGAACAGUUAUAUAUUCUAUAGUUAAUAUCUAACACCUAGAUUUCUGUUUUGCAGAGGAUGUGAACGAAGAUAUGAUCGUCUAAGCAACACACACGGAUAUCUGUCUCAUACAAUUUUAAUUCCCUGUAAUAUUAUUUUAUAUCUCCUCUUUCACGUUUUAGUUUGUAAAAAUUGUCUAUCUGGGUUUAGGGUGGCAAAAAGGUGCUAACAUAGAAACUUAAGAUUCCAUUAAUGGUGCUAAAUCCAACAAAACAAAAAUGCAUUUAUAAAUGGAGGAGAUUGCAGUGUCGCCACUAGCUCUGAUAUCCAUUUUCUGACCGAGUCACUUUACUGUCCUACUCCCCGAUCCCAACUUCCUUUCUCCUUUUGGAAAAAAAAAAAAUCAAAAACAAAGAUAAAUAGAUUGGCUUUUAGCUUUAAUCUAAAGGCAGAGACUUAUGUUUGUUGCUUUGCAUUUUUUUUAUGUUGAUGGCUACCUUAAAACAGAGUGUUAAAGCAGGACUUUAACCCCUUCUCUGCUGGAGUAGCCCACCAAGCAAUGAAGGGGUUAGCCCCUAACUGAAAUGAGAUCUGAAAUGGGCUUGUCGUGAGGGCUCACUCCAAUUUCUUUGUUGUGUGGGGAAGGGGAGAUUUCCGCUUUACUCAAGUGCAGUAUUGAUCAUCCCAUAAAAGGACACUUUUUUGAUUGGAACAUUUUGACAAAAUAUGUGAUUGGAAAAAAAAUUGCUGCGCACAAUUCUGUACAAAGAAUAAAAAAUUAAAAAUACUCCAUUUUUAUUUACAGCAAUCUCUUUUCUCACGCUUGUAUGUGUCAUGAUCUAAAAAUCAAUAAGAUUUAAAUAUUUUGAUAACUAACUCUUAAUAAAAACAGUAACUAUUCAUACUCAGCGGUUUAAGGAUGUCAUCAAUAUACCUCUGAAAGAUAAUCCGAUACAUUUUACAAAUGUUAAAAGGAAUAAAAUAUUAAUGCUGUUUUUAUUGAGUAAUACAAUAAUUUAGUAUUUAUGUUUUGUGGUAUUUUUAAGACAAUUACAUGACAGGGUUAUUCUUGGUGACUAUAGUUAUUUAUUUACAAUAAACAGUAAAAGAAUAACGCAUAUACAUCAAGGGUUCAGAGAAUAUUUUUAAAUCUCUCAAUACCAUAUCAUGCUCAGUGAUAAUAUAAAUAUUGUCACAAUCAGUUUUCAUGUAAGUGGGUUUAAUUUGUUCUGUGUUUUGUCGGAACAUUGGAAUGGAUAGCCUUUUUACAUCUUUAUACAGGAGUGAAAUGUGUAUCAGUCGGUGUGCUCACAAGAAUGAUCCAAACUUAUCUUUCAUCCCAUAUGGAAUACGAUAUUGGUAUCUAACCAACAUAAAAGUAAUAUCUCUGUAUGUGAGUGUUAAUGUAAUAAAUCGUUCUCAUUG